ACAAUAUAGCUUUAUGUGCAAAACAGUGAUUCACAUUGCUUAUCAACGGUUGAUUAAUUCUGCCUGAAUAUCUAUGAAUUUUUUUGUCAAUGAAUUAUGCAUACCAUCCAUUCUUUUGCCGUCUUUUGAAUGGCAAACAAUUUCAAUGUCCAAGCCACAAACUGAAUUGUACAUGAUUAAUUUUUUAUUUGCAUUACAGAGAAUUGUCGUCUAUGCGUUUAUCGCACCAGCGUAUCUGGAUAACUUCAUUUUGUCGUCAACAAAAAUAAGGUUUGGUAGCAUUGGUUUGUGUUUGUAGCAAGAGCAAACGUUUAGGCCUUGGGAGACCUGCAGUGUGUAAGGAACUGCUAAACACGGAGCUCUGUUUCUUUCGGUGGCACAGCCUGAUUUGAAGUGAGACACCUAGCUGUUGGUAUCAUACCUUGUUCAAUCUUUUAUCAGACUUUCACAGCGAUUUACAAUGAGUCAGCUUUGCAAUUUGUUCUACUGGCGAUCAAUUUUGGCUGAAUUUCUCGGAACCGCUUUAUACACUUGCCUUGUGCUUGGCGUUUCCUUGUCGUCCGAUGAAAGCAAGAUAGAUGACCAGCUUCGAAUCGCUCUUAGCGUUGGACUAACCGUGGCUUGUGUUUCGCAUAUGUUUGCACCCUCAAGCGGUGGACACAUAAAUCCUGCUAUUUCUUUAUCGUGUGUAAUUGCAAGAAGAAUAUCAAUUUUGCAGACAAUUGGUUAUUUGAUAGUUCAAUGUGGAGGAGCUAUCACUGGUGCAGCCAUCAUUUUUGCAUUGACACCUAGUGGGCGAAGAGAUGACCUGGGCGUCCUCUCUCUUCGAAAUUCAACUACGUACUGGCAAGGGUUUGCAAUGGAGGGCAUUCUGGGAUUCUUCGUCUCUUUUGUUUACUUGUCUGCGUUCGAUGUAAACAGAGAAGAUAAAAGUUUUGGGCCUGGGCUUGCUUAUGGUUUCGCUACAGCAGCCGGACAUCUGCUUGCGGUACCAUACACAAGCUGUGGAAUAAACCCAGCCCGUGCCUUGGCUCCUGCAAUCAUAAAAUCACACUGGCCUAGCUAUCACUGGAUCUACUGGGCUGGACCAAUAGUCGGCGCUGUGCUUGCUGGAAGUCUUUAUGCGCUGGUGUUCUCAGUCCCUGAGGAGAGUUACAGUGGCAGAGCAGACUUUACUCGCUCAAACGAUUACAUUAUUGAGAGACCUCCUGGUCUUGAUGGUGAUAAAGCGAGAGUAAAUGGAAGUAGUGGCUAUGGAAAUACUACGAUGUAAUGGUGGUGAACUGUGUUGAUGGUUGUGGAACUACAGGCGAUUUUUCUCCGAAUUGCCUUCUCUUCUUCUACUCUGUGAAACAAGUAAUUUGGCUGCUGCGAAUUUUUAACAAACUGUAUUAUACAUCAUAUCUUUGAAAAGAACCAAAACAUUGUUCUAAGAAUACCUAAUAAAAUCAAUACCUAGCAUUUUAGCAAUUUCCAUAUGCGAAACCUGAGGAGAGGUGUUUUUGGCCACAGGCAGGACCACCCCUUCGAAAAGUUCAGCACUAAGAAUCUUAUGAUUGCUUAUACAAAGAUAUUGACGGGCAACAUUCUUCUAUAAUGAAUUUCCUAAGAUGUUUUUUGGCUCUUUGGUUUUUAGGUCCUACACCGCCCCUUUAACUCAGUAUAAAGUCUCUAAAAGCAUGAACGAUAAACCAGUGAGAGCCAUGUCCCUGUUUUAAUUGAAACAAAUGAGCUUAUAAACAAAUAUUUGCAAUUUUCAUUGAAACAAUGCUUUUAAAAGUAAAUAGCAAAGAAAUGUUGCAAAAAGGGUGGAGUCGUGAUGGCUCUCAUGGGCUACACCUAAUAAACUCAUCCCUCUGUUCAACAUUAAACGUCACCUCCAACGAUUCCUGUAUAGGGAAAUAGCUAUAGUAAAUUUAGCUGAAGGCUGCUAUAGAGUUCUAAUUAUCCACUUGUUGAAAAAUGGUUUAUAAUAGUUAUAUUGCCUUUUUCAAUGUAUUAACAUAAUUUUAGAAAAUAUCUUUAUGAUGUUUCUAUCGUUUGCAAACUUUGCAAAAGUAAGCAAA